AUGGCGCCGCGUCGGACUCCGCGCCUCGCCCGCGGGCAGGGAAACACCGAGUCUGGGCGAGGGAGGCCGGGCGCCGUGAGUUUCGCGGACGUAGCCGUGUACUUCUCCCCGGAGGAGUGGGGCUGUCUGCGGCCAGCGCAGAGGGCCCUGUACCGGGACGUGAUGCGGGAGACCUACGGCCACCUGGGCGCGCUCGGAUUCGCAGGCUCCAAACCGGCCCUCAUCUCCUGGCUGGAGAGAAAGAAGGAGGUGUGGAGCCCCGAGGCCGAGGAUCCUGAGGACGGGGCGAGGCACCCAGGAUCUGGGCUAGAAAGCAAGCAAAAGAACGAACCCAGCAGCAAAAUCAGGCCCAAGGAGCCUGAGGAUGCCCUUGUGAAGAACGUGCCAUCAGUGAGGGCCAGGCUGGUUCCUAGUUUCAGGGACUGCAGCCGACCGUUGCCUCAGCUGUCCACAGACACGGGACAGCUGUGCUCCGAGACUCUCAAGAGGUCCUACGCCUGCCUGGAAUGCGGCCGUUCUUUUAGCUACCCCUCCCUCUUAGCCAGCCACCAACAGGUCCACUCGGGGGAGCGACCCUUUCCCUGUGACCGUUGCAGACGUUGCUUCCGCCAAAGAGGCAACCUGGCUGUCCACAUGCGUGUACAUACAGGGGAGAAGCCCUUCCCCUGCCCAGACUGUGGGAGGCUCUUUGCCUACCCCUCGAUGCUGGUCAGGCAUCGGCGAAUCCACUCCGGAGACCGUCCAUAUGUCUGUGGGCCUUGUGGGGUCCAGUUCUCCCAGAGGGCUCACCUCGUCCAGCACCAGCUGCUUCAUACAGGGGACAAGCCUUAUUCGUGUCCAGAUUGCGGCCGCUGCUUCCGCCAGACGGGGGCCCUGGCUAUCCAUAGACACAGACAUGGUGGGGAGAAGCCGUACGUGUGCACCGAGUGUGGACGCCACUUUACACACCCUUCCCUCUUGGCUAUCCACCAGCACACCCAUACUAGGAAGAAGCCCCAUAUCUGUUCUGACUGUGGUCGGGGCUUCGCCUACCCCUCCCUCUUGACCAAUCACCAGCGAGUCCACUCUGGUGAGCGUCCCUACCCUUGUGCCCACUGCAGUGCCCGCUUUGCCCAGCAAAAUAACCUGCUCCAGCAUCAGCUCAUUCACACCGGGGAAAAGCCCCAUGUGUGCGCUGAUUGUGGCCGCUCCUUCCGGCAAGGCGGCUCUCUGGCUAUCCACAGACGCACACAUACAGGGGAGAAGCCCUACUCCUGCCCUGAGUGUGGGCACCGAUUUACCUCUUCCUGUGUCCUCAACAGCCACAGGCGCAUCCAUUCUGUCGAGAGGCCCUUCCCUUGUUUCCAGUGUGGGAAAACCUUUAAACGAAAGAGUGCCCUGGAAGCCCACCAAUGGAUCCAUCGUCCAGGCGGGGCAAGUCAGAGGGGUGACAGACCUCUUUUACCACCCCCAACCCAGGCCUCCAUCCCUGAGGGUCAGGAACCAUCAGUACACUUCCGCCAUUUUCCCGAUGUGUUCAAGUAG